UCUCUUCAAGAUGCUUUCCGAGACCCGUCGUCGCCAUUUCAUAUUGUUCCAGGACAGGCAGGUCCUGAAUCCCCGGAUUCUCCCUCACUUCCAGACCCUACACCAUCCCAGUCCCAGUCUAGCGACCCCACUAUAGUUGGCUCGUUGGCAGAGAACGCCAGAGCUAAGCUGAUUUCUAUGGGUUAUGAUUCAGGGUCGUUAUGGGAGCAGAGUAUUGCAUGGGGGCACCAUGACUCAUUUCGACACGUUAACAAUGCACACUACCUGCGAUUUAUCGAAUCGGGUCGCAUGGUAUGGCUCAUGGCCCUCGGAAAAGUUCUCGGGGGUGAGGACCGUGUCAAGGCGAUGCUCGCGGGUCAGGGCGUCUCACUCAUACUCAAAUCAGCAAACAUUAACUUUAGAAGACCGGUGACGUUUCCUGACACACUUUUGGUUGGUCACAAGCCGAUCAUCUCUUCGAGCCGCACGCAUUUUACUCUGAACGCUGCGCUUUAUUCGUAUGAACAACAAGCGGUCGUUGCGGACUCGGAUAGCGUGCUUGUUUGGUACGACUACGACAGCCUGAGGAAAUGCGACCCUGGGGAUGACACAUGGCGCAUUAUGAAAGCUGCCUCACAUGAUGGUCAAGUGUAG